AUGCCAGCCCAUGGCGUCAAAACAGUCGCCGUAGCACGGAAUGGCGUCGGGGCAUUCAUCCUACAAUGCAAGCGACUAGACAUUCACUACUGCAACCACGGGGGCUCGUCCCGUGGAACCAACGCCUUCCUGACAUCUCCUCUCCUCAGCCGCUUCACGGCGCAAUACCCCGGCACAGAAUUCCGCAUCUCGCCGCGGCCGACGCGCCAUCCGGUCCUCAAGGCGUACUAUAUCAACGGGCGCGAGAAGGCCGUCUGUGUGCGCAAUCUCGAGAAGGAGCAGGUGCGCGACAUGGCCGAGUAUCUGGUGGGCAAUUCGGGCGCCAAGGUCAAGAAGAUCACGGGCGGCAGGAAGGUCGUCAGUGGGAACGAGAGCGUCAGAGGGAUUUGGAGUCCUAUGCAUGGUGGCAUUAAGAGUAUCUGA